AUGGGGUGUCGGUCGUCGAAAGCUGUUGCGGUCGCUCAAGUCGCGCAGGGGCAGAGAGGCCCGUUGACGAUCGGAAGCGGAAGCGAAGGACGAGGAGGGGACGGGCUGCCACCUUCUGCGGCUGAGAAACGCGCGCGAGCAGCCGACGCAGCGGAUGCCAGGCAACGAGACUGGCGACAGGGCGGGUGUGUCGACCCGGACAAGGCGCGAGAUAUGGCCGCGCGUCGGGCGAAAGAAGAGCUGCUGGCGACGAUCUAUAACCGGUACAGGACGCUGGGGAGAGAGCCGCCAAUCGGGUUGCCAGCUUGCAACUUGGAGCAGCUGCGGCGGCACCUGGAAACGCUGCGCUAG